UCUCUCAAAUCGGUGAUUUCCAUGUACUUAGGAUUUCCCUUAUCAGUCUGUUAAUAAAUAUUCUAAACAAAUAUUUUGCUAAAGUAUAAAAAUCUCUAGACGAUAAGCGAAAUUAAUUCAGUCAUUAAAUUCACCUGGGAAAAUAAACAUGAAGUUUCUAGUGUUUUUGACGUGUUUGUGUGCUCUAUUGGCAUUUAUUAAUGCAUCUCCUCUGCCUGGCGGAGGAGGUGGAGGUGGCGGCGGCGGUGGUGGUCGCGGCUGUAAUUGUGAACCCGGUGGUGGAGGAGGAGGUGGCGGAGGCGGUGGUGGUGGUCAUGGCAAUGGACCGGGUGGGCCUGGUGGUGCAGGAGGACCUGAUUGUGUGCGUCCUUCUUGGAUGCCUCCUUGUCCAUAAAAAGCCUUUAUAAGAUCAUUUAAGCAAAUUGUUAAGUUUUAAUUGUUAUUUUUAAAAAAAUUAGUUUAAAAUUAUAUUUACAUAUC